AUGCUACUAGUUGAUACACUACGGUUUCGCCCAGCGGUCGUAAAUAGAGGUCGAUCAAAGCGCACAAAGUUUAACCUGCAACAACUGCAGAAUCCAGAAACUGCACACGCAUAUAGGUUGGCUUUAACCGAAAGGUUACAAAGUAGUAACAUACACACUUGGUCCGAUAUAACAACAGCAUGCACGGAAACAGCUACCGCCGUUAUAGGCUUUGUAAACCGGUGCCCAAGACCGUUGAUAAGCAGUGAAGCUCUGGAGGAAAUAAAACACCGCAAACAACUACGCAACGCUCUCCUACGGGCAGGUUCAAACGUGGCAAAGGAUGUAGCCAGAAGUAAUUACCGCGCUUCUGCCACACUGGUCAAACAGUUAGUUCGCAGGGAUAAAUGUAAUUACUUUGAUAAGCUAGCCGAACAAGCUGAAACUGCUGUGAACACUGGAAAUCUACGUGGUGUUUACGAGACCAUAAGGCUGAUGAGUGGCAAUAACAUAAGACCUACGGCGACAAUUAAAGAUGAAAACGGAGCUGAAUUGACAGACCCAGAACAUCAAUUAGACCGCUGGGACAAUUUUUUAGUAAUGGAGGAUCAGCAACAUGCGGGAUACAGUCGUUCACUGCAACCCAGGCAAUAUCCUAAUUACUUUCGCGAAGACUAA